CCACUACUACAUUAAUAUUUGUUGAUAGUUCCUUUCAAGCUCUCUCCCUCCUUCCUUUCUGCCUUUCUUGAUUAAAUAAAUAAAUAAAUAACCCACAAGUUGAUAUGUUUUUUAGUCUGUGUUGUCGUGUCAUUUUGUACCCUAACAAACUCCGCCAUUGAUUUUCUCAUAGUUUCGACUUUCGAGUCCUCUUGACCGGUUAGUUUCGUUUUCUGUUCAUUUUUAUUUGGAAUGGAGUUCGCGUGUAAUUUUCAGCAAACAAAUGCAUUUUACAGAACACAAGGUACUGAUUAUAGGGUGUCCAAUGGGUUACAUUCGAGAUUUAGAUAUAGAAGUUAUGGGUAUAAUGAUGUUGAUUUGAAGAUUGUUUCGAGAGAAAGACCUUCAAAGAAAUUAAAGAAGAGUGUUCUUGCAUAUGGUGGUGGUCGUGGAAUUCGUAGUCAUUUGCGUGUUGGCGGGUAUUCAAGUGAUCCGUUGUUUUGCAACUUUAUUGAUGGAUUUAAGGGAUUGAGAAGUGUUAAGUUGGGGUGUCAAGGUAAUGAUUCGUUAGCAUAUAUUGAUGGGAAUGGUAGAAAUGUAGAAAAUGGAGAGGGUAACGAUGAGAGCUUGAGAGCAGGGUCUAAUAGUGGCUUUGGAGAGGGGGAUGGAAGAGGAGAAAAAGAAGUGGAGACUGGGGUGGUGGUGGAGGCGCUGAAUUUGGAUGAGUUGAAGGAAUUGUUACACAAAGCGACGAGGGAUUUGGAAGUUGCACAGCUUAAUAGUACGAUGUUUGAGGAAAAGGCGCAAAGUAUAUCAGAAACUGCAAUAGCUUUGCAAGAUGAGGCUGAAAGUGCUUGGAAUGAUGUUAACUCAACACUUGAUAUGAUUCAGGAUAUUGUGAACGAGGAGGGUGUUGCUAAAGAAGCUGCUCAAAAAGCAACAAUGGCUCUUUCUUUGGCUGAGGCAAGGCUUAAGGUGGCAGUGGAGUCAAUAAAAGCUAUGAAAGAAAGGGUUGAUUCAUUGGAGGGUUCUGGAGAGAGUGAUGCGGAAAAUGAUGGUAAAGAAGAUUAUGAGACAAUUUUGGCUGCUCAGAAUGAUAUCAGGGAUUGCCAGGCAAAUUUGGCAAAUUGUGAAGCAGAGUUGAGGCGCUUGCAAAGUAAAAAGGAAGCAUUGCAAAAUGAAGUAAGCGUGUUGAAUGAGAAAGCUGAGAAAGCACAAAUGAAUGCUUUGAAAGCAGAGGAGGAUGUUGCAAACAUUAUGCUUCUAGCUGAGCAAGCUGUUGCCUUUGAACUUGAGGCUACUCAACGAGUGAAUGAUGCAGAGAUUGCAUUAAAAAAAGCAGAGAAAUCGCUCGCUAGUUCUCGUGUUGAUAUCCAGGAAACAGCCCGGGGGUAUGUAUCUGGUGAUGAGGCUGUAAUCGAGGAGCAGAAGAUGGGUGGAGGAAGUGCUUCUGAUGUUGAGAAAGAAAGAGAUAUGACUGUAAAUGGUGAUGUUUUAGUUGGCGAGCCUUCAAUAGAUAGACUAUCUGAUAAAACUAGCCAGAGUACUGAAGAGCUAUAUCUAUCCGAUGAUUCUAGUGACCAUGAGAAUGGAAAAUUGAGCUUGGACUCUAAUAAAGAUACUGAAGCAGAAGCUGAAAAGUCAAAAAGCGGCGAUCAAACAAAAAAGCAGGAAAUACAGAAGGACUUGACCUGGGAGAGUUCAUCUUCACCUCUCAGCGCUCCCAAGGCAUUGUUGAUGAAAUCUUCUCGUUUCUUUUCUGCAUCCUUCUUCUCUUUCAGUGGAGAUGAGACAGAGGUGACAGCAGCAUCGGUUUUUCAGGGCCUCAUGGAGUCUGCAAGAAAGCAAUUGCCCCAACUUGUUCUUGGCCUAUUGCUGUUUGGAACAGGAUUUGCCUUCUACUCUAAUCGAGUGGAGAGGAGUCCUCAGAUGCUUCAACAAUCAGAUAUUGUCACGACUAGCAUUGAAGAAGUUUCAUCAAAUGCAAAGCCUCUGAUUCGACAUAUUCAGAAACUCCCGAAGAGAGUCAAAAAACUAAUUGCAAUGCUUCCUCAUCAAGAGAUGAAUGAAGAGGAAGCAUCUCUCUUUGAUGUUUUGUGGUUGCUGCUUGCUAGUGUUAUUUUUGUGCCUAUAUUUCAGAAAAUUCCUGGAGGCAGUCCUGUCCUUGGAUACCUGGCUGCUGGCAUCUUGAUUGGCCCUUAUGGUCUCUCUAUCAUCCGUCAUGUGCAUGGUACAAAGGCGAUUGCUGAAUUUGGAGUUGUUUUCUUGCUAUUCAAUAUUGGCCUUGAGCUCUCUGUUGAAAGGCUCAGUUCCAUGAAGAAAUAUGUUUUUGGAUUAGGCUCCGCUCAGGUCUUGGUGACAGCAGUGGUUGUUGGUUUGGUCGCACAUUUUGUUUCUGGGCUGCCUGGUCCUGCUUCAAUUGUCAUUGGAAAUGGCCUGGCACUAUCUUCCACUGCUGUUGUUCUACAGGUGUUGCAAGAGCGAGGUGAGAGCACAUCACGUCAUGGACGUGCUACUUUCUCUGUCCUACUAUUCCAGGAUUUGGCUGUUGUGGUGUUGCUAAUACUCAUACCCCUUAUUUCACCAAAUUCAUCCAAAGGAGGGGUUGGUUUUCAAGCAAUUGCUGAAGCUCUUGGGAUGGCAGCUGUCAAGGCAGCAGUUGCCAUCACUGCGAUAAUUGCUGGUGGAAGAUUGCUGCUUCGACCAAUUUAUAAACAAAUUGCAGAAAAUCAAAAUGCAGAGAUAUUCUCAGCCAACACACUUCUUGUUAUUCUGGGGACCAGUCUCCUUACAGCCAGGGCUGGACUUUCCAUGGCGUUAGGGGCUUUUCUGGCUGGUUUGCUUCUUGCGGAAACUGAAUUUUCCUUGCAGGUUGAAUCAGAUAUCGCCCCAUAUCGCGGGCUUCUAUUGGGUCUUUUUUUCAUGACGGUUGGAAUGUCUAUUGACCCAAAACUUCUGGUUUCAAAUUUUCCUGUCAUUAUGGGAUCAUUAGGACUUUUAAUUGGUGGCAAGACCGUGUUGGUUGCUUUAGUUGGCAGGGUUUUUGGUGUUUCAAUUAUAUCUGCAAUAAGGGUUGGUCUUCUUCUUGCUCCGGGUGGAGAAUUUGCAUUUGUUGCAUUUGGUGAAGCUGUUAAUCAGGGUAUAAUGUCUCCUCAGUUAUCAUCUUUAUUGUUUCUUGUGGUGGGGAUCUCAAUGGCCAUGACGCCAUGGCUAGCUGCUGGCGGCCAGUUAAUAGCCUCUCGCUUUGAGCAGCAUGAUGUUCGUAGUUUGUUACCAGUUGAGAGUGAGACAGAUGAUUUGCAGGAUCAUAUUAUUAUCUGUGGAUUUGGACGUGUUGGCCAGAUUAUAGCGCAGCUUCUCUCAGAACGAUUAAUUCCAUUUGUUGCUCUUGAUGUGAGGAGUGAUAGAGUGGCAGCAGGCCGUGCCCUGGAUCUUCCUGUGUAUUUUGGAGAUGCUGGUAGUCGAGAGGUCCUCCAUAAAAUCGGUGCUGAAAGAGCAUGUGCUGCAGCAAUAACUCUAGAUACACCUGGUGCAAAUUAUAGAACUGUCUGGGCUCUAAGCAAGUACUUUCCCAAUGUGAAGACAUUUGUCCGUGCUCAUGAUGUUGAUCAUGGCCUUAAUUUGGAGAAGGCUGGUGCUUCAGCUGUUGUCCCCGAAACGUUGGAACCAAGUCUACAGUUGGCUGCUGCUGUUCUUGCACAGGCUAAACUGCCCAUGUCAGAGAUUGCAGCCACCAUCAAUGAAUUUAGAACCCGCCAUUUGUCUGAGCUUACUGAGCUAUGUGAAAGUAGUGGAAGUUCUCUUGGGUAUGGAUUUUCUCGUGUCAUGACUAAACCCAAAACGCAGUCCUUGGAUUCUUCAGAUGAAAACCAAUUCAGUGAAGGAACAUUAGCAAUAUGAAAAUUGCCCCAGGUGAACCAGGUAAAGGAAAAAAAAGGGGGAAAUAAAUAUUCAGGAGAAAUGUAUAGCAAUUAGCAUGCUCCACUGGCAUAAAUUGUACAGAAAUACACUGAAAGGAGAGACAAUAGCUUGAUCAAAGGAUAGACAUAUCCCCUCACAAAAAACAUGUCCUGAAGUAUCGUGUAAUAGUCUGAUCUCUUUUUGGUUACUCGAACAAGAUAGUAUAAAGGAACUGAGACCUCGGAAUCUAACAGGAACUUCCAGCAGUGUAUUAACUUCAUCUGUUGCUAUUAAGGAUGGGUUUAAUUCUUCCA